AUGGCGUGGCUCUUGUGUUACCGUGUAACACUGCUCUUAUCGCACAUCCUGUCAUUCUGUACCUGCCAAUACAAAAUAGUACCAGGACAGUAUAUCACUGGUAACCACACUUUGGUUUCUUCCCUUGGGACCUUUUCAUUGGGCUUCUUCAAUCCUAACGAAAAUUCUACUAAAUACUUCCUUGGCAUACGAUUCGACACAUUCCCAAAUACUGCAUUAGUAUGGGUUGCUAAUAGAGAAUCUCCACUUGAUUCUCCAGGUUUCUUUAUGAUCAGUGGGGAUGGAAAUCUUGUGGUGUUGGAUCAGACUAGAAAUCUUGUCUGGUCAACUAAUGCAUCAGUAUCUACUUCUGCAGUGAAUCACACGACUGGAUUACUAGAGGAUACCGGAAACCUUGUUCUGAGCUUUGAAGAAGUCACUUUGUGGCAGAGCUUUGAUCAUCCCUCUGAUACUAUGUUGCCUGGCAUUAAAAUUAGCUUGAACAAAACGACUGGCCAACAAAGGCGCCUUACAUCCUGGGCUGCCCUUGAUGAUCCACAACCCGGAAAGUUCACCUUCGGAAUAGAUCCUGAAGUACCAAUUCAAGCCUUUACCUGGAAGGAAACUACUCUGUAUUGGACAAGUUCUAUGUACAUCGGCAAGGAUACAAGAACAGAUUUUCAAAAUCCAGGUGGAACCGCGUCUUUCCUUACUCACAACUUUGAUGUUGAUGAGGUUUAUCUUGCUUACAGUGUCUCAGAUAGCUCAGUAAAAUUGAGGGUCUGGUUGAAUCCUACAUGGCAAUUUAUACUGCUGCUGUGGCAGGGUUCUAGUAAAACGUGGUUGGAACAGGGGAAUUUACCUGCUGAUAACUGUGAUUUUUAUGCUCAUUGCGGUCCCAAUAGUGCCUGUCGUAGAGGUGAACCACUGUCAUCAUCAUGCAAGUGUUUGAUUGGUUUUACAGCCAAGUUUCCUAACCAAUCAGCUGUGGGAAAUUGGUCCAGUGGCUGCGUUAGGGAAAAGAUGUUAACAUGUGGUAAUGGCAUACAAGAACUGUUCUUGCACAGCUUAUGAGCAUGUAAAUGACACAGACGGAAGUAAUAGUGGGAAAUGUUUGGCAUGGUUUGGCGAAUUACUGGAUCUAGUAGAGAAUCACUACAAUUCUGAACGUGAUAUGUAUAUUCGUGUUCACGGCUCCGAACCAGGUAUAUAUUUCAUUUCUUGCUAUUAUCUUUAUGGAUGUGUGAAGUAAAACCUUCGCAUUCUAUUUAAGUUGAGGUCAAACUCAUUAGCCAGAAACUGACCAUUGCUUGGAGCUAUCUUUAUUAAUAGCUAAGCACCAGAUCUUUGUCUGUUCUGUAGGCAAGAUGGGUCUUUCUGUUAAUUCCUUGAAGAGGACUCUUGUAAUUGCAAUAGCCUCUGCAACAGUUGGAUUAUUUACAAUAACUUGUGGCUAUUUCUUAUGGAAGAAAAAUUUGGGAAAGAAAGGUCUCUCUCUCUCUCAUGUGCAGGCACAUGGAUUCUAGUAAUCCAUAACAAAUAAUAUUCUAAUAGUAAUAUUGAAACAGGGAGGAUAGCAGUAAGAAUGAGUGAGAAUGUAAGUAGUGUUAGUGCAGGAUGUGGGAAGAAGGAUACAAAACUGCCACUCUUCAGUUUAAGGAGUAUAUUAGCAGCUACAAAACAACUUCUCUGAAGUGAACAAACUUGGAGAGGGAGGAUUUGGCCCUGUUUAUAAGGUGACAUUUCUAUAAUAU